CGAAAAAUUUGCAUUUCACGCGAAAAAAUCAAAAUUUACGUCGUAAAAAUGCUUUGUUUGUUCUAAAUUCACGAUGGACAGUGUCUUUAGUUUGGUGAAUGCCUUGUGCGAGUCUUUCUGCCAAAAUGCGGAUGGCGCGCCCGAGGAAAAGCGAAAAGUGAUAAAAGCUUGUAGGAAAAAUGCAUUUGAAAUUCUGUUUGAGACGGGAAAUCAAACAAAUGUCCAGGGACGGAGCAAAGAUGUCAUCGAAGAACUGAAAAUUCAUCAUUUUGCGUUAAAAUUGCGGGCAGAUACGAUCAAAAAGAAACACGAAGCCGACGAAUUCGAGGAUUUAAUUGCGAAAUUUGCACAAAAUGGAGCAUUGGAUGCUGCGACGUCGAACGUCCUUGAACUUUUGCUGGCAUUGAAGGACGGCGGGAGUGAUGAUGAUGCAAAUGGACUUGCUAAACCGUUCUUUGGAAAAUAUCCCGACACGCCCAGCAACACGAAUUAUCCGCCAAUUCCGCCAAAGAGAUUCUCCAUGCUCGAACCGUUGUCACAACCAGCGGGAAAUUCAAACUACGUUCGUCCCGAGAACCCAUAUUUACUGAAACCGACAAAUUACGGGGCAGGAAUUCGCGGAAGUGAGAGCGAUAUGUCGCUAAAUUCGGUUUUUAGUAAUUCCAUUUCGAGCUAUGAGCGUCCCCGAAGCAUGUAUUCCUUAACGGGUGUUCCGUCGGAGCCUGUGCAACAAAAACAAUACUUUACGCGAGACUACACGAGACCUGGAAGUGCAUCAACGUUGAUCGACGGACCGAAAUUGCUGCGUCGAAGUAGCGGAAGAGGACGUCACAAGCGCAUUUUGAACUGGGAAAAUCUCGGGCAGCGAAUUGUUUUGAAGGAAAGACCUUUCAGCACGGAAACAAAUAGUCUUUUGUCGCUUCUGACGAUCAAUCAAGAGAGAAAGGGGAAGAAAUUCAAGGCAAAUAUCAUUCCAUUGAAUGCGUUCAUGAUCGAUGUGAAAUAUUUAACUGUCGGGAUUAGCUCGGAAUCGUUCGAAUUUGACUUUACCGAGAUGAUUUUCGAAAUGGUGCCAAAUUUGACGGUUGAUGGAGUGUCGCCGCAGACGUUUAAGACAAUUGUGCAGGAUUUCGUCGAAUGCGGAACGUGUUUUAAGCGAUUGCAGUUCUUUACGUCGCGCAGUGUUCCGUAUCGGUGCAAGAGUGUGGUGAAAGUUCAUGAUGGAUUUGUCUUUAAAGCAUUAUGCGACAGCAUCGAAAGCUUCCUCAUCACAUUCCGUAAAUUCGUUCUUUCGUUCGAAGACAACACUUUACUCGCCUACAGUCAUCGAAUAAAGCACAUGAAGAAACAGUUGGUUGCUCUGACAAAAGUUUUACGGAUCCAUCCGCAAGGACAAGCGAUCACAAAAUUACCCGAAGGCUCCGAAUUCUUGGGAUUUUUGUAUCGCGAGAUCAUUGGAAUCACGCAAACGGACAUUUCGCUAUUUUUGGUCUUUAUUCUCAGCAAUUGUUGCCAAGUGUAUUUUAGUAAUUUUGAAAAAUGGUUGUUUUUCGGGCAUUUUGAGGAUCCGUGCAAGGAGCUUUUCAUUUGUUUCGUGAAUGCGUACCAUGCGAACACGAAAACGUACUUCGAUAAGGCUUAUCAGAUACGGAAACAAAGUGUGCCAUUGUUCUUGCAAGGAUAUGAAGAGGAUAUUUUGCUUUGCGGGAAGUAUACGAAUUUGUUGAGGACUUAUAAACCUGAUCAUCCAAUUUUCACCAUGGAUCGUUUCAAAUUGAAAGUCUGCUUGGAUCAUCGCUCCAUCGAGGAAGUUCGCAAAAAAUGCAACGACUAUCUCGCACACGCCCGCAUCCUCUGCGGCGAACCCGUCAACGUCGCUGACAUUUUCAAGCUAAAAUCGCAAAAACACGAAGCUCUCCAGGCGCGCAUCGAGGAAAAUUCCCGCCAAAACUACGAAAAAUGGAAAAACGAACAGGAACAAAAAGCAAUCGACUUGCAAAAAUUCCGCACGCAACAACGCGAAGAGCUAAAGUUACAAAUGGAGGAAAUCCGCGAGCAAAAAUUAACCGAAAAAAAGGCAAAUAUCGAACGAGAACUCAUGUACUUGAAGGAAGCGGAAGCCCUUGAGCAAGAACAACUUCUCGCCGAAAACUUGGAACGCAAAAAACGCAUCGAAUAUUACGAAGAACUGAACCGCUUGAUCGACGAAAAACGCGAACGGACCGAAAAACUCGUCGCCAAACUAAAAUCUGAGCUUUCGAACAAGGAAAAGUUGGAAGAUAUUUCCCCAAAAUCUGAUGGCGUCGAUGGAAUAAUGGCAAUGUCGCUCGGCAGCGAUCACUUUGUCACGCCAGAAGACGAAAAAAUGAGCAAUAAAUUGAUGACCAGUAGUUUUUGCAAGUCCACACCAUCCUUGCAUGAGGCCGUGAUGAACGAAAAUUACAAAAAUAAAGCGGAAAGUCCCGAACCAAACAUGAAUUCGCGCAAUCCGAUAAUGCAAAAGAGCGAAAGUGACAUCUUGAACGCGAAUUUAGACGAAGAAGAGUGUGCUGAAGUGAUGAUAACCGACUUCCAAAGAAACCGGAAACGCGUUAUGGGCUCAACUAUCGAUCGUUUAGGCCUCGAAAGUGGCUCGGCACCGACUUCAAGUCUUCCGAUGACCGACGCACAGCGAAAUAAGAUGCGAGUUUUGUCGGAAUGUUACAAUUUGAAGGACGACCCGAAAGAUAAGGAGAAUAAUCCGGGUCUGAAGAAGGAACGAGCUCUCAGUGCAGCGCAGAAAAACAAAUUAAAAAUCCUCUCGAGUGAGUUUGGCAUCGAACUUGACGAUGUAGUGCUCGAAGAUCGCGAUCCCAGCACUUUUUCCGAUGCGCAACGCAAUAAAAUGAAGAUUCUCGGUACACAUUACUUCGAGGAAGAGCCCAAAAAUAUGACAGACCUGCAAAAAAAUCGUCUCAAAACGAUGCAACAAGAGUUUGAACUCAUCGCGGGUCCCGCCAAAGAGCAAAAACCAAAACCAGGGUAUUUGAAUCUCGACACGGAUCGCGCCCGGAACCGCAAAAAAGUAUUGGAAAGUGAAUUUAACAUCAUCACGGGAGUAGAAACGCCAUCGCCGGACAUGUCGCAAUUCGCUUCGUUGAAACUCGACACGGAAAUUGCAAAUCACGACAUCCCGGACUCACUUGGGGUGCCAAAUACGGCAGUUAUUAACCAACCAACGCCCGAUAGUGCGUUAUUAAGUAAUGAUCGCCCAGCGAAUUCGUUCAGAUUUUUGAUGUCACCCACAAAAUCAGGCGGAUCUGAGGAUGGAGGCACUCUAAAAAGCGCCGGAAGUGUCUCUACGGUCGAUUCUGAUCCAAAUUAUUACGAUUUUGUGAAACUUGUGGAACGGAAGAUGCAUAGUUUGAUGCCGCUGGCGUUGCCCAAGAGUCAUGGCGGUAGUUCUGUGUGGGAUGCGGACCGAGAAAAGGAUGAUUCGAAGGGAGUUACGGAGCUAAAAUGCUUGGAUGUGACAACUUUGACGAAAUUUCUGCAAAAAUCGUUGACGUUGCCCCUGAAUGCUCACAUGGAAAUCAUCAAUGGCGAGAUAAUGAAGCUUUUUUUGCUGGAACUUGACGUUAUUGGGCAUUUCAAGUCGUUGCGGAACUAUUUCUUCAUGAUGGAUGGCGAAUUCGGGAGUCACAUCUGCGAUGGGCUGCUUAAAAGGAUGGAAGGCGGUGCCUCUCCGAACGAUCUGUUGAACCCACAAACGUUGCAUUCACUCUUAGAUAACGCUCUGGGGUCGAGUAUCAUCGGAAAUGACAAAAACACGGAUCGUUUAACGUUCAAAGUGGGUCAAAAACCGGAAAAAUUCGAACUUACGUCGCCCGAUGCCCUCGGAAUGCUCACACUCGACUAUCAAGUCUCGUGGCCCUUGAAUCUGGUUUUGAAUUUAGACACAAUUACGGAAUAUUCGUACAUUUUUAAGUAUCUCGUGAAAAUUCGGCGAAUUGGAUGGGUUCUGGAAUCGUCUUUUCAAUAUCUGAAAGAAGCUCAUAAGGAAUUGGGCACAGAUUUGCUCCGGGCGCCGCAAUAUCGGAGAAUUCAGGAGGUUCGGCAUAAAUUGUCGCAAUUUAUGCAUGCCUUGUUGAAUCACAUUACGAGAGCCGGGUUACAAGUUUCGUGGAAGGCGUUGAAAGAUGAUCUGAAUAGCACGGUGACGAUGGAGGAUUUGUAUCGGAAACACGUGAAGUACAUCAAGAGGAUCAAAUUUUUGUGUUUACUUACGAAACAGUGCACGUUGUUCCAUAGCGUGUUGGAGACGAUUUUUGCGAUCAUUUUGCAGUUUUACAGAAAUCUCAUCACCCAUCAAUUCGUUCCCGAUGCGGAAAAAUCCUUUGUGCACGCCAAAUACAAUCAAAUCCUGAAAAUUGAAAAGAUGUUCGAACACAAUGUCGGCUACAUCAUCUACUUGGGCAACAAAAUGGUCAAUACAGGCUACCAACUCGAAAUUGGCGAAUUCAUCAACUUGAUCAACAUUAAUGGCUAUUACAACAAAAUCAAGUUGGCGUCUCCGCCUAAAAAACAAUAAGUCUCGAACAACAAUCAGUAUCAUUUUUUCUAAUCACAAAAAAAAAGUAAUCCAAAAAAGACAAAAAAAAAAUGUUGAGUUUUUGUAUUAAAAAAAACCUGUAGAUGUGCUUCGUUAAGUUUUUUUUAAGUAAAUUAUUAUUGUUAGCACCGUACUUUUUAUACAUUCUAACAAAUCUUUAGACUAUCUUUAACGCAUUUUUAGCACAAUUUGUUGCCGUUUGUUUUUUGUCACGUUUGUUAAAAAUUAUUAUUAAAAAUAUCUAUUCAAGUCUUCUCAGUUAGAAAUUCUAACACAAAAAAAAAAUAAAUAAAUAAUUCUCAAUGUUAUGAUACGUAAAAUAGCUAGAAAAUUAACGUUUUUUAUGAAAAGGAAAUUAGUGCCGACCAGUUUUAUAAAGGAAAAGGGAAAUUUACACAAAGAAAAAAAUUAGAAGAAGGAAAAAUUUAGAAAAAUAAUCAAAAAAUCUAUCGUUUUAUAGAUGUUGAUAUCAAAAUAAAUAUUAAAAAAAAAUAAAUUCCAAAAUAAAAACUCAACUAACACUAAAUUUAGAAGAA